AUGGCGGCCGCUUCCAGCGCGGCAGGCGGCCCGCAGCAGCUCUUUGCGGAUCUGCAGGUCAAGUUCAACGCGUUCAAGGCACAGAAUGACGCGGUGGACAUUGCGGUCACAACGCUGGCAUCAGCAGCGCAGGGCGUGUUUAUAGGCUACCUGCUGGGCUCGUUCUCGGUGGACCCCGCCGGCCAGUCGGGCUCCAACCCCCAGGUCUCUGCGCAGCUGGCUGCGCUGCAGAAGGGCGGGCCCUGGGGGCAGGCACGCAACCUUGGAGUGUUCACGGGCGUGAACGCUGGCCUCAGCCUGGCCAUCAAGAAGGCGCGCGGCGGCAAGGAGGACGUCUGGGGAUCGAUGGGCGCCGCCUUUGGCGCCGGCGUGGCCUUCUCUCUCAUGAGCGGCGCCCCCAGCCCGCUGCAGUCGGCAUUUACCACGGGCGCCGCCUUUGCCGGCUUCAACGGCCUCUUCUACCAGGUGGGGGCGCCGCGACGGUGGCAGCUCCGCGCAUUCGGCCACUGA